GCCCCUUUCCGACUGUGACCCCUUAAGAGUCACAAUAACCUACCUCAUUGCGCAACUGCCAGCAGCGGAAGUUUACUCAAUUUUCCACUCCCCACCCCUUCCUUAGGGAUCCUCCCUGUCCAGUUAUGGCCAGACACACCUCGCUCGACUCCGAAAGACCAAUCAUGGCUCAAUCUAACCGGACGUCGAAGAGAUUCUCGACUGUGAGCGGGAGCCCCUCGGUUGCGUCAUCGGAUCUCUCGAGUCUGCCCAGUGGGGAUCCCCGACUGGCCGACUUUCACCAUCUGCGGGACGGCUUGGAGCGAUUGGAGAACAAGCCCCUGCUGAAGCAGCGCUUUGUUCCCACCCCCGAGAAGAGCGACAACCUCAGCAAAUUGGCGCUGGGAGCGAAAGUCGAGCGCGCCCUCGACCGAAGAAUGACAGGCCAGGAUGCCAUCAUGCGCGAGCCCACCUUGAAUGAGAAGGCCGUUGUCGACUCGACUGCGUCCCCUUGAUAUGAAUCUCGGUGCCUU